AUGACAGAAACAGCAGCAGCAGCAGCAGCAGCGGGCAAGUCCUCAGGCGCCAGCGUCAACGGCGACAGUAGCACGACGCCCGGGGUGAACUCGACCAUCCCUGCUGGCGCGGGGAUCCCGUUCUACGAGAAGCAGAGGCAGCAUUUGAGAGAGCUCUUGAACCGCAGGCGGUUGUUAGAGCGAAAGCUGGCUGCGCACGAAGAAAUGAUCCUCGCCAAGGAGACGGAGUACCUUGAGAGCACGCCUGCAGGGAAUAUCAUUGUCGGAUUUGACAAUUAUACGAAGGGGACUAGCGCGGCCGCGGCGCAGAGGAGGAAGAGUGGGUUGACGGACCAGAAUCGAGUGUUUUCCCGGAGCUCGGUGUCGUAUAACGCUGCGGCUUCGACCGGGGACACACCCGCCUCGACACCGGGCGCAUCCCAUGCACCAAUGCCGGUAUCAGGUAACUUCCCGGGGAGGGAUGGUGCCUCGGCGGCGGGCACUCCGGCGAGUACGACCGGAGGAGGUGGUGGUGGAAGUAGGUCAACUGCGUCGAAGAAGGGGAAGAAGAGUGGGAAUGCGGGAGGUGUGGAGGAUAGUGAGACAGAUGGGAGGGAGGCGAAAAAGGUUAGGACUAGUUUUGAGGUUCUGCUGUCGGCUCCGCGCCGGUCAGCAGCCGUACCAAAUGCUUCGGGAACGAGGGCUUUGUACUCGGUCUCGACGUACUCCUUUGAAGAGCACAAGAAGACCAUACAACAUCGCGUGGUGGACCUCAAGACAGGCCAGACAGAGCUGCUCACCGAUGACUCCAACGUCAGCGAGCCGGUCUGGCUGACUGAUGACGAAGUGCUGUUGCUCAAGAGCGGCGACAACGGCACAACGACGCUGGUCGUCCAGAGUGCCGAGAACCCCAACGCUGAAGGCUACGACAUCACGACCAUCAGCGCGCCCAUCUCCAACGUCAAAGUCCGCCCCCUCCCCAAUGGCUCUCUCGCCUUCGUCUGUGUCGCCCUCACGACCCCCUCUGGCUGCCUCUUUAACCCCGAGACGGCCGAGAAGCCGCGAUCGACCGCUAAGGUGUAUACCAGCCUCUUCGUUCGCCACUGGGACGUCUGGCUGAGCGAGCACCGCAAUUCGCUGUUCUACAGCACCCUCGAGAAGCGCGAUGAUGGCUCCGGACCGAAGUGGCGCCUCUCCUACCUGGUUAAUGCCCUGAAGGGGACGGGCCUGUCAUGUCCGGUACCGCCGUUUGGUGGGACGGGGGAUUUUGACGUUGGCACGGAGGGGAUUUGCUUUGUGGCGAAGGAUCCCGGGUUGGAUCCUGCGAUGUAUACGAAGACGGAUUUGUAUUUUGUGCCGUUGAAGACGUUUACCGAGAUCGAGCCGCCUAAGCCGGUGAUUGUGAAGACGCCGGGGUUGGAGGGAUAUUCUCAGAGUCCGGUGUUUUCUCGGGACGGGAAGAAGAUUGCGUUUACGAGGAUGAAGAGUCGGCAGUAUGAGUCGGAUAAGACGAGGUUGAUGUUAGUGAGGGAUGUGCACGACUUGGAGACGCCGGCAGAGGAGUUCUUCACCACUGAGGAUGGCGAGGGGAAGUGGGAUCUCCGUCCGGACGCUAUCCUCUGGAGCAAGGACGAUAGCACGCUCUACGUCACGGCCGAGUGUCGAGCGAGAACACUCAUCUUCAAAGUCCCCGCCGACCCAACCAAGGCAACCGACCUCCCCGAGCCCAUCUCCACGCCCGAGGGCAGCGUGGACAACAUCCAGCUACUCGGCGUCUCCUCCUCAGGCGAAGACGCCCUCCUCGUUACCACAACCUCCCUAACCGACAACUCCUGCUACAGCACGAUCCACCCCACAACCGGCACGAUCACGACCCUCUCCUCGGCCACCAAGCACGGUAAGACCCUCGGCCUGUCCCGUUCCCAAGUCGACUCCAUCACCUUCCCCGGCUCGGACGGUAGCUACGACGUGCAUGCGCUCGUCGUGCGCCCGUCGUUUUUUGACCCCAAAAAGAAGUACCCCCUCUGCAUGCUGAUCCAUGGCGGUCCCCAAGGCGCGUGGUCGGAUGCUUGGAGCACGCGCUGGAACCCGGCUGUAUUUGCCGAGCAGGGGUAUGUGGUUGUUGCGCCGAAUCCGACGGGGAGCACGGGGUAUGGGAUGGAGUUUGAGAAUGCGAUUACGGGGCAGUGGGGUGGCAGGCCGUAUGAGGAUCUGGUGAAGUGUUUUGAGUGGAUCGAGCAGAACAUGCCCGAGGUUGAUACCUCCCGCGCUGUGGCAGCUGGUGCUAGCUACGGCGGGUUCAUGAUCAACUGGAUCCAAGGCCACCCCCUCGGCCGCAAGUUCAAGGCCCUAGUCUGCCACGACGGCGUCUUCAGCACACUCAACCAGUGGUGCACCGAGGAGCUGUUCUUCCCCAUCCACGACUUCGAAGGUACCCUGGAGGAGAACAGGGAGGGUUACGAGCGCUGGGAUCCGGCACGGUUUAUUAGCGAGUGGGCUACCCCUGAGCUGAUCAUUCACAGCGAGCUGGACUACCGUCUGCCCGUGACCGAGGGCCUGGCGGCGUUCAAUGUGCUGCAGGCGAAGAAGGUGCCAAGCAAGUUGCUCGUGUUCCCGGAUGAGAAUCACUGGGUGCUCAAACCGGAAAACUCGCUCGUCUGGCACCGCGAGGUACUUGGUUGGCUCAACAGGUGGUCGGGUAUUGCAGAUGAGCAGGAGAGCAAUGAAACGAGUGUGGUAAUUCGUUGA